AUGACUCGACCCCUUUCCUCGACUCCAAUCUCCAUUGUACCCUCAGCAUCUGAGCUCGGGAGUGGCCUUCUUGGCCAGCGCAAUCUCGAAAUUGCCAUUCGAGCCCUUGCCCGCGAUGGCCUUGUUGUUUUGGAAGACAUGGUUGAGCAUGCCGUCCUGGAUCGUUUGAAUCAGAAAAUGGUCCAGGAUGCAUACCAGCUGCAGGCGAGGAAGGAUAGCCCUUUCAACUACAACAAAGGCAAUAUUCAGCAGGAUCCACCCAUGACGGCCGACUGGUUCAGUAGUGACAUCUACACCAACCCAAUCGUCAUCCAAGUCACAUCGACUGCGCUUGGACCAAAACCUUCUUUGCGUUUCGUGUCCGGGAAUACAGCUCUGCCGCCUACUGAAGCAUCGCCACCUGUGUCACAGCCAACCCAUAAUGACGCCGACUUUGACCACCCCUCUAUUCCAUUUGCGCUUGUGGUCAACGUUCCUCUUGUGACUAUGACCCCCGAAAAUGGGUCAACCGAGGUCUGGCUUGGCACACACAAUAAUACCACCAUUGCUGACCAAGAAGGCGAACAUGGCGACCGCGCCAGCGGUAGGAUCAAGAAGCAUCUGCUUGACGCCCGUGGCGAGAUUAGGCCGCCCUCACAGCCAGUCGUCAACAAAGGCAGCAUCAUCAUUCGUGAUCUGCGACUGUGGCACGGAGGAAAGCCCAAUCUUACUUCAGAGCCGAGAGUAAUGCUCGCAAUGAUACACUUCGCGCCAUGGUACCGUAAUGCUAUGGAAGUCGAAUUUGCCGAAGAGCUUGCCGAACGGCUCUCGCCGGCGAAAACGGGUCUAGAUGUUGCCGCGAAAUUUAUUGCCGCCGAACACCUGCUCAAGAACUACAUGAACCGAUCGUUUGGGAAUGCCUACGAUUUCGACCAAAGAGACAAAAUAGAGGGCGUCUUUUAA